UUGAACACAGAAUUAUCUGUGGAUGAUGACGUUCAAAACAAACUCAUAACAAAGUGUUUUGUGUUUAAUAUUAAUCCUAAAAAUACAAGGAGUUUAAAGAUAUCCGUAUAACAAUUCAAGUGAAUAUUGAGUGUAAAUAUGAUUUUGUAUUUCAUUACAAGAGAUUCAAGGAGAUUUCAAGCUUAACAAUUGGAAAUUGAACAUGUCGCACGUCGGCCAUUUAAGAAUGGGUCACGUGAUUUUUCUAGAAUAUUUUUGAAUUUCUUCUAUCAAAGUAGCAUUUAAUGGGCCGAAUUUAACUAUUAAUCAUAAUGGAGGAGGUAUCAAAAGUGUUUAGUUCAGGUAUUAUAAGACAAAACAAGACAUUAAAUAAUAAUUUAUAUGAACUCUUAAAUGUGAAACCAGCAAAACCGUUACCCAAAGAUGAUUCUGAUACGCCAAUCUCAUGUAACUUUAUCCCCAAAACUGAUAAAUUCUACGUGCCAAAGAAAAAAAGUAAAUUAAAAGUAAAAACCGUUCGAAAUAUCAGAGAAGUAAUGGAAAAGGCAGUUUUCGCUAUGCUGAGUUCAGAAAUGGAGAGACACAAAAGUAUUUUAUUACGUAAAAUAAGGAUUGGUUCAUCUAGAGAAGAAGCUACGAAAAAAUUUGCCAAAACUAUUCUUCGUAGCAGCUCUCCUAUAUGUAAAGAUGUUUGGCAAAUGUUAACUAAUUUAAACGCAGAAGGCCAUUCACAUUCAGCGCAAUAUGUUCUUUGGAAUCACAAAUCUAUCCAAAUAAACGGCAGUAGAGGCGGUAAAAACAAAUUUAUCUGCAGUUUCGAUAUUGGCAAAGAUAGCAUCAAAAAUUUGAAUGAGUCCUUCGUGAAAUCACCUAGCAUCUCUUACAGAAAGAAAAUUCUCCACAAUUCCUUACACGUCAAAUUUAAACCCGGUCCACUUUCAAAGAAAAAGUUUCUAGAUUCCUCAUAUCAAAAGUUUCAAUAUGGCGAUUCUACCAUAGUUAGGUUACCUAAACCAGGUUUAGAUGUCAAAUCAUUGUAUGGAACACAACUAAGCCCAACUAUGAUUAAUUUUCUAAGUGAGAAUUUUAUGCGAAAUACUGAUGGAGAAAUAACAGAAAAAUGGGCAGAGUUUUCACUGUCUACACUCGGCGUGAAUAAAAAGGGUGGUGCACAACAGUCUGAAAAAGGUGCGAUUGUAUCAUUUGAUUUAGAAUACAAAUGUAACCAAAAUCGUAUCUUAAUGCGUAAUGGGACUAGUUACAAAAAAAGCGAUACAAUAUCGCUUGAGGAUGAGAAAUCCUUGUCACCAGAGGCUGAUAUAGAUAUUGUAAUAAAUAAAAUAUUAGAUUAUGUAGAAAUAAAACUUGAGGAAGAUAAACUGUAUACUAAGGAAGAAUGUGUUUUAUCUGAUUUGGGUGGAAAAGCAGAUUUAAUAACAAAAGAUAAAAUUAAAAGAAAAUUUUGUGAGCUAGAUCGUCUGGACGUUACAGUUAUUAAAUUAUCGACUGCAGAGACAGAAAAGACUAAAUGCACAAAAGAUUGCUGCUCAUUAGGUUGUAUUUGUAAUUCUUUAGAAUGUUCGUAUAACUUAAAAACACAUUGUAGCCGCGUCGAUUGUAUGUUUGUAUGCAAGUGCAUGAAUUCUAAACGAUGGUAUGCGCCAUCUACUCAUGGUUCGCAGUCGUUUUCUGGUCUUGAAGACUUAAAUAAAAAACUGAAUUCAAGACUGGCAAAAGAAGAACAAAAAUUUCGACAAACUGUCAUCCUAUCCGGUGAAAAAAGGAUUAUGUUAAAGCCACAGCGUAGAAAUUGGAAAUCUUCUAAAAGAUAUGCAGAAUUUUAUAGUAAUAUGUGUCUUAAAUCUGAGACGGAAUUAAAAAAAGAAUUAUUUGUGCUUAUACCUAAAUUAACCUGUGAUAAUUGUGAACCUUGGUGUAUGGUUCACAAUUUGUAUAAAUGUUUUUGUAAAGGAAAAUUCACUGAACUAAAAUCAACGACACCUGAACAAAGUGAAACGUCUAAUCAGGUUACAGACGUUGGUCAACCAACCGAUACCGAGUUGAUUGAAAAGCCCACAAAUGAUCCGCCAAAAACUAGAUCAAGCCUCCGCAUAAACGAGAGUAAAACUGAUAUUUCUGCAACAAAAAACAUCGUGUCUACUGUAAAUGAAGUUGCAAAACCAAAAGAAAUUGUUGAAUGUGAAAGUUUUCGAUGUGCUAGGGCAAUCCCGUAUAGCGGCAGAAAGUAUAGUAAUGAAUAUUACUUGGAAACACAUAAAAAAAUUAUUGAAAUGGAAAAAAAUGAUCGCAGACUUCUGAAAAAAAUGACAAGUUUAAUGAACAUCGACAUGGAAAGUGAGAACCCGAAACCAACCCAAACACAAGUUCAACUUACAACGGCCGACGAAAACAUUCUUAAUGAAACUGAGUGUUUUCCCAAACUUUCUAAAGAAUUUUUCGAUCAACUUCCUUAUAACCCAAAAAUGGUGGCCUGGAUUAUUGCAUGUUACAAACACUGCAAAAAGUGUAAAACUCAAGGAAAAAUAGAAAAAUUUCUAAGGCCUCCACGUUUUAUGAGAAUUGGAUUUUAUACUUGGGAGUUUAUACUCUCUAGAUAUCGUGAGACAAAAAACUUUUUUUUGGUUACGCCAGAUAAACCACACAAAAUAUUUGUAGCGAUAAACCAAAAGCACCCUAAGCUUCAAUCUUAUAUUAACAUAAAAGAUUUAAGCCUGGAUGACGUCCAAAAUUAUCCUAACGAGGUUCAAAAUCUUCGAAAAAAUGUAAUGGUCAAAGAAGACACGUUUUGGAUAUUGCGUGGUUUGCCGUAUUGCUGGGAGUUAUAUGGCGUUGUAAAGAAAAAAAUAAGUGAAGACAUGGAAGACGAAGACAUUGUUUGUUCUUUAAAGUGUGAUGAACAAGAGCCAUUAGAUCUUGGUAAGGGACCAUUGAGUAUAUGUUAUGGAUUUUCCGAUGACGAGACAGAAGAAAGUAAUUCUAAUAAUAUUUGCAUAGACGUUGAAAAGAACGACUCGCCAAUAUUAGCACGAUACGACGACAAUAUAGUUACCGAUGUGGAAGAAGUUCAAUUUUUAGAGAACGACGAUUCCAAAUUAAACGAAUCUAAAAUAAAUGAAAACGUAGACUGUAUGACCAAAUGGUAUUUGAUGAGUGUGGAAAACGAUUUUAAUGAACUACAUUUUUUCAAAAAAGGCUUCUUUGUGCAGUAUGAUCAUGUAGUGCAAGCAAUAAACGUGUCACAAACAUCUAAAAAAACCGUCAAAUUAUAUUGUCAGAAACGAAACUCAAAUGUCGAGGAUUUGAUACAUUUUGGAAUCUAUGCCAUACCUAAUGAUAAUCGCAACGUAGUUGUUGGACCUUACGAACUUGAUGAACCUCUAGGUAUUGAAGUCGUUAAGAAAUCCGAAACAGAAGGUAACGCAAAACAAACAAGAGGUUUGUGUAUAACCAUAAAUAAAAAUUAUAUCAAUAAAUUGAUAGAAGAUCCGUUAUCAUUUAUUCCACCACAAAUUCAAUCUCGACCUAUGAUUCCACUACAAAGUAAAGUAUCAAACGAUACUGAAAAUGAUACCAAGCCAUCUACCCCGGAUAACACAAUUCCAACCACAUCCCAUGAAGAUGAAAUAAAAGAUAUAACUAAUCCAAAAACCCAAAUUAAAGCCCCACGCGUCACCAAACCCAUGAAACCUAUAAAAAUUCGGAAAUCAGAUGGAUUUUACUGUGUCUAUCCAAAGUUUGUACAUUCUUCAAAUAAUCCUGGAUUAGCAAUUAUACCAAAAGCGUGUCUAUCAAACUCACAUCCAAUCCAACAGUUUGGAGUAGGAGCACCAGGAGCAGUUUCGAUACGUUCUCAACCUCAAAAUACAAAGCCCGUUGCUGAAAUUGCUCCCCAAAUUAAAACUGGGCAGAGCACCACCACUAAGAAGUUUGAAGGAGGAAUGAGUAUUUUAAAACCGGAAGAGAUUAAUAAACGUGUAUUGGAAAAAAUGCCUGGCCCAAGUAUUGAACUGGGCAGUUUAUAUAACAAUCUGGAUAAAGAUAUAGAGAAUUUCUUGGCAACGGUAUCCGUGUGCACUCUUCGUGAUGAAGAAGAAGUGUACAUCAUAUCAGAUGAAGAAACUGUUGAUGAAGUUAAAGAUGUGUGCAUUAAAUCGAAAAAUAUUCCGUCCCUCGGUUGUAUACCCGCAAAGAUUAAUGGUGAUGGUCAUAUAAGUUUUGAAUUUCCUGGAUUUAAAUACACAGACUUUUAUCCUAAAGAAGAAGGUUAUCGUAAAAUAAAUCUUGUACUAUCAAGAAAAGUGUACGUUCCUAAACAACUGAAAAUUGAAUGGGAAAUUGUAGAAGACAUCGACGAUACCACAAAAAAAUUAGAGAAAGGAGAUUUGGAUGCAGAUUUGGUAUUGACAAAACAAGGUCUCAAGAAACGAGCCGAUAUUAUAAAGGUAGUUAAAAUGAAAAAGAAACCGCAAACCGGCCCUGUUAGUAAGAAAUGUAUUAAAAAAAAGAAAACAAAGUUAGACGCUGUGCCUGACAGCGACCAUUUGGAGUAUACAAAAAAUUUGGUUUCUAAGAAAGAAGAUAUAAUGCUGGCUCUGUCUAAAGCAGAUGAAAAAGAGAGACAAGGCAUGGCUGACAGGUUAAAUUUGAUUCUAUCUAAAUCAGAAUCACACUAAAUACUUAUAUGUUGACAUUCUAAUAGCAAUCAAGAAACGGGAGUUUUUUUCAGAAGUUUUACAUUUCAGACGUGCUGAAGGAAUACUGCUAGAUAUUUAAAUCUAUGCCAGGGAAGUCAUUCUGAUGGUGGAUAAGUGAGUUGAACUGUCUUCUAAUAAGAUCUGUGUAUCUAUUCAUGGGUGUCUCCGUGGGGGAUGCAGGUAGGGGCAGCUGCCCCCUGCAAUAGUCAAAACCUUUUUUACCUAUUAAUUUCUGAAAAUUUAUUGUUUGGUAUAUCUUUUUAGUUGUUAGUUAGCUUGAGCAGUAUUGGCCUGGUGGCAGCAUGAGACUCUCAUCCCUGAGAUCGUAGGUUCGACCCCCGGCUGUGAACCAAUGGAUUUUCUUUCUAUGUGUUAACAUUCGCUCGAACGGUUGAA